GAUAUCUUAUCACCACCAUUGAGGUUAACAGGUUAUGGUGGCAGUUGGAAAGCUUAUCACCCAAGCUGGUAGCACUUGCAGGUUUCCCAACGGCAACAUUACUGCCACCAUGAAAGUCCGCAUAGGGGUCGUGGAGGAGGGAGUGUGUGCUAAUUUCAUAAUCCAAUUAUCAUGGGAAUAGCUGUGUUAGUUUUUGUUUUGACAGUGUGGUACAGAGGAAUAGAACUUGGAGAAUGUCAUAAGUAUGACGAUUACACCACCAGUGUGUUGUGUUCUACACAGUGUGGAGCCCUGUGUAUGGAAAAUGAGUCCUACUGCGAUACAACUUGUCAUAACCCGUUUGGGUUAUGGAUGACAAAUUGUGAUGAUCCUGGUUGUGCGGGGACAUGUGCUGAUCAUGAUCUAAGCAAAUUCUUUAAUCUGAUCCUUUUACCGGAAAUCCCAGUUCUCAACCAGUGGAAAGUUCAUGAUAACCAAGUCAAGUUGUCAUGGCAACCAAGCAAGUCGCAAAGUCAGGUUUUAUAUGCAGUUCAGUACAAGAAAAUUUACAGCCAGAAUUGGACAAAUGCAAUUUAUGAGAUUCAGACUCUCUCCUGUUCUAUUGACAUUGAUGACGUGUGUGUGGACCAUCACUUUCGUGUGAUAGCAAUCAACAGGCAUGGAUCGCGUGGGUUUUCAAACUACACAUACAUAUCUGCUUCAGCAUUUAAUCUUGCUGCUGUUUCCAACGUGACCUUUGUUGGCCGAGGAAUAUACUACUACCCAGGCACACAUGAAUUUAUGGCAGUCAUACAAUGGGAUCGCCUACCUGGAUGGGACACACCAAGUGACAUGGUGGACUACCAAUGGAAUGAGACACCUUCAAUGUUCUGCAGUAAGAAACUCACCAACAUCAUGCCCAUCUUUGAGAGAGGUUCAAAUACAUCCUCUGCCGCUUAUCGUAGAGUUUUGAUGCACAUCCACGCUGAUGCCUUUGGCUGUCUUUACCAAGGGCAGGUUCGUGCUGUAACCAAAUGUGGAUUACAAGGACCAUGGACAAAUUUUACAUUGGAUCUCAGAGAUUGUCAUAAUAUAUUCAACUUUCCGUGUGUAGCUGCAACAUUUUCUUCCCCUGGUAACGUGGAGAAUGUGUCGUUGUGUGUGGAGUAUGGGGGGGUGAACUCCUCCAUGCUGAUUCGCCUCCAGUGGGAUGCUCCUACAUAUCUUGGCAGUAUGGGAGUAAUAGAAAGCUACAUUAUCAGGUGGGGCCCAGUUGUACUUCAGAACUUUCCCGAGCCUCCAAUCUUCACCGACCAGGUCCCUAGGAGUGUCAGCGUUAAAGCUGACAUUCGUGAGGUGGAUGUACCUGUCGGCUAUGAUGAUAUGUCUGCACUGUAUGGAUUCCAGGUCGUGCCCAUCGCACCCCAGCAGCGUAUCAGGGACAAUGGAUGGGGAUUGUUUCAGGUCUAUACAGUACAAAUCAGCUCCGACAGUAACAUCUCACCCUCAGGGACAGUCCUCUUGGAUGAAGCAGGGGUCAGAGUGGUUCAGAUCCCCAAUGCCCUCAGUGUAGACAUGAUGUGGCAGCCGCGCACCAUGCUGCAGUCGCCAUCAUCGAGUAGCGCUUGUAGGGAACACUACUCAAUACAGCUGGGGCGUAUCAUACGGGACGAGGAGUCACGCGCACACCUCACUGAUACAACCGUCCAGUAUGUAGAGGGGCAUGACCUGGUGUUAGACCUCCAGUAUGUGGGAGCAGAGUACGGAUUUAGGAUACGAAGUGUUGAUGUGAAUGAAACUGUGUCUGAUGAAGUCUGGAAUAAAACUGCCCUUCACAUUUUUACGUUGGUGGGAGACCACUCCAGUACAGAUACAGGGAGUAGUGACAUGAUCACCUUGUUGAUCGUUGCCCUAGCUAUUGUGAUGGUCUCUGUGGUUUUGGCUGGUGCAGUUUGGAUAAGGAAGAAACUUCGCAGACGUAAACUACUUCCACAUUUACAUGGGCAACUAGGGGUUGAUGCAAAUAACUACCAGUUAUUCCACACCCAAUCUAGUAUGUCUUCAAUGAUCACCCCAGCAGUGGUACCUGACAUGUGGGAACUUCCUCACAGUGGGAUCAAGGUUGGUCCCAUUCUAGGUCAAGGGGCAUUUGGAUUGGUCACCAAAGGACGCAUCAGUGGACAUCUACUGACCAAUAGGAAUAUUCCUCUUCCCCAAGAAGUUCAAAGGGAAGGCACUGAAAUAUCUGUGGCCAUCAAAAUGCUCAAAGCGUUCCGGAUCACGCGGAGAAGACAUAAUGAGGCUUAUGCAAAAGAAGAGGGAGGACAGACAACGGACUGGGCAGCCACAAGAGGGCCCAAAGAAUACAAUCCGUCAGACUGUCCCGACAAAGAUCGGAGAUAG